UGUCGGCAGCUCCACGUUGUGUCCGGCCGCCCUCCUUGCCGCUCGUCAAGAAGUGUCCACUCAUUUACCUCCCAAUUUGUCUCCCCUGGACACACUCAAACAGCUCCAAACCUCUUCGGAAUCUGCUUUUUUAAAAUUAAUUUAUUAUUAUUCCCCCCGCCCCCCCUUCCCGAGCCUUCACAGGGGCCAUGGCCUUCCUUGGGAGUGCGGUUCGGCAGUUGGUGUCGGCGGUGCGCCCCCCGCUCACCGUCCCGCUGUGCCGGGCAAGUUGUCGGACAUACAGCUCGGAGCCCACCGCAGAGAAGAGCGUCCCUUAUGAGAAGACACUCAAACGGGAUGGCACAGCCACAUCUGGGCCGACUAAACCUUUACCAGGGUCAGCAGACGUGGUGGUGAUCGGAGGAGGCAGUCUGGGCUGUCAGACCGUGUAUCACCUCGCUAAAAUGGGCCUGACCAAUGUGGUUCUGCUGGAGAGAGACCGACUGACUGCUGGAACCACCUGGCACACAGCAGGCCUCCUGUGGCAGCUUCGCCCGAGCGACGUUGAGGUGGAGCUCCUGGCCCACACACGGAACUUGAUCAGCAAAGACCUGGAGGAAGAGACGGGCCUCCACACCGGCUGGAUCCAGAACGGAGGACUCUUCAUCGCCUCCAACAAGCAGCGGCUGGACGAGUACAAGCGCCUCAUGUCGCUGGGUAAAGUUUACGGCAUAGAGUCCCAUGUGCUCUCACCUGCCGAGACAAAGGACCUCUAUCCUCUGAUGAAUGUUGACGACCUUUACGGGACACUUUAUGUGCCCAAGGAUGGCACCAUGGACCCUGCAGGCACCUGUACCACCUUGAGCCGAGCGGCCUCUGCUAGGGGAGCCACGGUGAUUGAGAACUGCCCUGUAACUGGUAUCAAAGUGCGGGUGGACGACCUUGGGGUGAAGAGGGUGAAGGCAGUGGAGACCCCGCACGGCACCAUAGAGACUCCAUGUGCGGUGAACUGUGCAGGAGUGUGGGGCACCAAGUUGGGGCAAAUGGCUGGAGUGAAGGUGCCCCUCAUUGCCAUGCAUCAUGCCUAUGUGGUAACAGAGAGGAUUGAAGGCAUUCAGAAUAUGCCAAACGUAAGAGACCAUGAUUCAUCAGUGUACCUGCGUCUCCAAGGUGACGCCCUAUCCGUGGGUGGCUACGAACAAAAUCCCAUCUUCUGGGAUGAGGUUUCCGAUAAGUUUGCCUUCAGCCUGUUUGACUUGGACUGGGAUGUAUUCAUGCAACAUAUCGAGGGUGCCAUCAACAGAGUUCCUGUUCUAGAGCAGAUUGGUAUUAAAUCCACUGUCUGUGGACCAGAAUCCUUCACAGCAGACCAUAAGCCGCUAAUGGGAGAGGCUCCAGAGGUUAGAGGUUUCUUCUUGGGCUGUGGCUUCAACAGUGCUGGUAUGAUGCUGGGAGGUGGCUGUGGUCGAGAACUAGCUCAUUGGAUUAUCCACGGCCGCCCUGAGAAGGACAUGUAUGGCUACGACAUCAGGCGUUUCCAUAACUCGUUGACGGACAAUCAACGCUGGAUCAGAGAGCGGAGCCACGAGUCUUACGCUAAGAAUUACUCGGUGGUGUUCCCCUUUGAUGAGCCGCUGGCGAGCAGGAACAUGAGGAAGGAUCCGUUCCACCAGGUGCUGACAGAGCAGGGCUGCGUGUUCCAGGAGAGACACGGCUGGGAGAGACCGGGCUGGUUCACCAAGGAUGGACAAGCUCCUGUUAAAGACUAUGAUUACUAUGGAGCUUAUGACAUCAAGAAGAAUCAACACUACAACUACAACGAGAUUCUUGGCAACGAAUACACCUUUGACUUCCCACCGCAUCAUGAUGUGAUAAAGAGGGAGUGCCUGUCAUGCAGGCACGCCGUUGCUGUGUUUGACAUGUCCUACUUUGGAAAGUUCUAUCUCACCGGGCCAGAUGCCAAGAGAGCAGCCGAUUGGCUAUUCACCGCCGAUGUCAACAAGAAGCCAGGUUCCACUGUGUACACCUGCAUGCUAAAUACAAGAGGAGGGACGGAAGCUGACCUGACAGUGAGUAGACUGGAGUGCGGUGCUGCCAACCUCCCGCUGGCGCCCGAGUCCAAUGGUGAUGCAUACUACCUGGCCAUUGGAGGUGGUGUUGCCGAGCACAACUGGAACCACAUUCGAACGGUUCUGCAGGACCAGGGCUUCCGCUGCCAGCUAACGGACCACUCAGAGGACAUGGGCAUGAUCAGCAUCCAGGGACCCAAGAGUCGGGAGGUGCUACAAGAGCUGUUGGACACAGACCUCAGCAAUGAAGCUUUCCCUUUCUCCACCCACAAAGUCGUCAACGCGGCCGGCCAUCAGGUGCGAGCGAUGCGUCUGUCCUUUGUCGGCGAGCUGGGCUGGGAGCUGCAUGUUCCCAAAGACUCGUGCCUUCCUGUCUACCAUGCCGUCAUGGCCGCCGGCGCCAAGCACGGCAUCAUCAAUUCAGGCUACAGGGCCAUUGACUCACUCAGUAUAGAGAAAGGGUACCGCCACUGGCACGCCGACCUUCGCCCAGAUGACACGCCCCUGGAGGCGGGGUUAGCCUUCACCUGUAAACUGAAGAGCUCCAUCCCCUUCCAAGGUCGACAUCGACUGGAAAAGCAGAAGGAGGAGGGCCUAAGGAGACGCAUCGUCUCCUUCACCAUCGACGAGAAAGUACCAAUGUUUGGCCUUGAGGCAAUCUUCCGUAAUGGCGUCCCCGUUGGUCACCUGCGGCGCUCUGACUAUGGAUUCUAUAUCGACAAGACAAUCGGCUAUGGAUACGUCCGCAAUCCUGAUGGAGGAGUGGUGAGUGCCGAUUUCAUCAAGAGCGGCGAGUUCACCCUGGAGAGGAUGGGAGUGACGUACAAGGCAAAGGCCCACCUCAGAUCUCCAUUUGACCCCGAGAACAAGCGAGUGAAGGGCAUCUACAAUUGACAUGGACCUCCAUGGAAUGAAUACCUCCUCCACUUGGGGCUGAGAUGAGCCUCAGAUGUUGGGCAUUCAGGUGCAAGAUUUCAGUCGUAUCGGGCAAAUCCGGAAGUUUUAUUCAUGCUGUGACUGGAUGGGGAUUUGAUGGACUUGAUAUUAACUUAUACAGUGAGAUGCUGAUUUGAAAUUAAUCUAGUUUGAAUGUGAUAUCGCUGAAGGUCCUUCCUGCCAUUGGCUUCAUGUUUAGUUUCCCAAGUUUAAUUGUCAGUAGUUUACUCACUGAUUUAACUUCACUAAACAUUUCAAAAUCAACUAGGCUUCACCUUUGCAGAAUUGAUCUGAAAGUGUCAAAUUAACAGCACAUGAUCAAUUUAGAUUUCAAUUAGAAAUCGUCAUUAAAAGUUCAAAUCAAGCUAAUUACUUUAUCCUUGUUAGUUACCUCAAGACAAAACGCAAUCGGCAUUUUUAACGAACUAGCCGUUAAGGUAGCAGCUAACCUAGACGCUAUAAUACACGGAUAUCAAACUCAAGGCCCGGGGCCAGAUCUGGCCCACCACAUUAUUUUAUGUGGCCCACAAAAGCAAAUCAUGUGCAAUUUUGGUAUUUUAGCAAGAAGCAUGAAGUUUCUUGCUAAAAUACCAAAAUUGAAAAUUGUCUUCACUUUUAAAAACAUUGAGAUAUUACAGGCGGCACGGUGGCCGACUGGUUAGAGCGUCAUCCACACAGUUCUAAGGACCAAGGUUCAGUCCCCGCCUGUGUGGAGUUUGCAUGUUCUCCCCGUGCCAGCGUGGGUUUUCUCCGGGCACUCCGGUAUCCUCCCACAUCCCAAAAACAUGCAUGAAUUGGAGACGCUAAAUUGCCCGUAUGUGUGAAUGUGAGUGCGAGUGGUUGUUUGUUUGUAUGUGCCCUGCGAUUGGCUGGCAAACAGUUAAGGGUAUACCCCGCCUCCUGCCCGAUGAUAGCUGGGAUAGGCUCCGGCACACCUGCAACCCUAGUGAGGAGAAGAGGCUCAGAAAAUGGAUGGAUGGAUGGAUGAGAUAUUUUUUGUUACCAAUAUUCAUUUUAGAAUAAAUUGAUUAAUUGUUGAACAAACAGCUUCUGAUUCAAAAGCUAGUUAUCCAUCAAUUAAUUGUGUACAUGUAAUAAUAUGAGACAAUUGUACAUUUAUAUGGGUUCACAGUCAUAACGGCCCUCCAAGGGAAACCAUAACUACAAUGUUGCCCAUGACAAAAAUGAGUUUGACACUCCUACUUGUUGGUUCAUUUGCAUUGGAAGCAGUCCAGUAAGUAGUCAUCAUAAUCUUUUUGCUAAAAUCUUCUUUACAUUUACCUUCAUAAAAUGAAAAAAAAAUUUGACCCAGGGCAUUUGUAAAUUGUAUCUUGCCUUUACGGCACUGUGGUAAAAGCUGUACAAAUAAGGAACAAUGUAAUUUAUUCAUGCACUAAUGAGUACACAUGCUAAACUGUUAUAGAACUCAGUGUUCUUACUUCGUCUUAAAAUGAGUCAAAUAGUGUUUUUGCCAACACAGCGGCAUCCACUAUGAUCCACUGAUAAAAAAAUGUCUACUACAAGAUGUACCCUUCUUCUUAUAACGAGACGAAAUUAAAUCAAAAUGAUUUUGAAGCUAAAAGUAUGACAGCUUGUUGCUUUACAUUUUCAAUUUGGAGGUUGAAGAAUACAGUAAGGCGCCACGGUGGACGACUGGUUAGCGCAUCUGCUACAGUUCUGGGGACCGGGGUUCACAUCCCGGCCUUGCCUGUGUGGAGUUUGCAUGUUCUCCCCGUGCCUGCGUGGGUUUUCUCCGGGUACUCCGGUUUCCUCCCACAUCCCCAAAACAUGCAUGGUAGGUUAAUUGAAGACUCUAAAUUGCCCGUAGGUGUGAAUGUGAGUGCGAAUGGUUGUUUGUUUAUACUCUAUGUGCCCUGCAAUUGGCUGGCGACCAUUUCACGGUGGACGCCGCCUCUCGCCCGAAGAAAGCUGGGAUAGGCUCCAGCACGCCCGCGACCCUAGUGAGGAUAAGCGGUAAAGAAAAUUGAUGGAUGAAGAAGUAUCUGUUCUCAGUCAAAUGGUAAUUUAGGUCUGUAUGGCAGGAAACUUUAAAAGUAUAUACAGUAUAAUAUAUUAGUGGCCUAACCUUGUUUGUGGCUCAUCCUUUGCGGUCUUACGGUAAUACAUUCUCCAGUUGCACACUACGAUCCCUGCAGGCACUUUGAGCCACAUUACUGAUGACUGAUGUUUAUUAUGAGAAUCAUGACUUUUAAGAAAACACAUUUUUCUUGCACAGUAUGCCUUCAAUGACAUUGAGCACAAACAGAACAUUUUUGUUUUGUGACAGCUCCUUUUGCUUUGGUGCAGUCUUAAUUACUUCAUGUUUACCGUGCAGAAUUGAUAAGAACCAGCAUAAACAGUGUAAUUAUGUGGAAAUUUUUUUUACAGCAACAAAUUGAAUUGUGGCACAUUCCGUUUAAUUGAGUUGAUUAGGCCUGUUUGCGCCAAUCCAUCCUUCUAAUGGGGCCAUCAGGUUUUCAGCUAUAUUGGAUAAAUCCUGUUUGUUUGAU